AUGUGGAUUUCAGUAUACCUAUCAACAGCAAAAUUAAGACACUUGCUUGCUAUUCUCUUUACUGCCACUACGUUACUGGAAGUUUCCAUGCAAUCCGAUGUAAGGGGAUACAUCUGUGGUGACCUUGCUGUGUGGCAUGAUGAAGCUAUAGAGGUCGCACGGCUCGCAUCCAAAUUGUUGACACCAGCGAAUCCUUACUAUUUUUAUCCGGCAUUGCUUGAGGAUACUAAACUAUUUGGUAUUGAGAAAAAAAAUCUUUUCCUGGUUCCGUUCCGAAACUUCAAGCAUGCCCGUGGUGGCAUGAGGCAUGGGCCUGAUCGCAUCGUCAUAGACGAGUACGGCAAAUUUGAGGGCGUUGUUUUUGAUUUGAAUAAUGGGGCAAGUGUUGUUCCUGCUUAUGAAAAGUGUAAGAAGUUCCUAACCUACGAUGACCUUCGUCCUGAGCUCGAUAUGGAAAACAAUUAUAAAGCUCUUGGACAUGUAUGCGGCUCAAAUUUUUUAGGCGGCGAAAUCGAGACCGAAAUGAAAAGUAAAUGUAGUGGACUCGAAAAUCUAUCUCCGACUAGUAAAGAGUAUUUUCAAUAUCUUGAUGAAAAAGGUAUCUCUUGGUCAACUAAAAAACUUUGGUAUAAACACAUCAGUAAAAAGGAUUAUAAUUUUCACAAAAUCAAUCGGCGAGCUGUCUACCAGGUAGAAAUUACUCUCCAAUGCCAUUUGAUUCAAAUUAAGCCGGCGGUGCGGGCUGCCCCUCCAAAACCUGCAUGCUUAGAAGUAUGGACUCCGAAGCCAUCAUUAGACAUUAGUAUAAACCCAUUAUUGAAUCCUCAGAAUCAAAAUCGAGAAAGUGGUCAAAUGUAUCAUUGCAAUCAAGUAACAUUCACGAUGAUUGCCCUUCAAAAUUAUCUUAAUUACUUCUAUAGUCUACAGGAAAAAUCACCGACAAGUAUAGAAAACGCCCUAAUCCACCAAAAUGAGGAUUUGAUGCUGUGGCUCAUAUUAUCACCUGAGAGAUUUUCAAAAAGAAAAUUUACCCGUAAUAUAUACGCCAUAGGAUUUAACAGUAAUAAAAUAUUUAGUGGACUGUAUUAUGCUUCUUCCAAAGGUAGUGAACGACAAAGCUUUUAUCCAUGCACCGGGCCCGAAAUCUGA